CGGAGGCAGGGAGAGCAAGCCCCUCCCCUCCCCUCGCCUCACAGGGAGCUCGUUUGGCGGUCGGGGAGCAGAUUCACAUCUCGUCCUGCAGCGGUACACGCCGUCCUGCUGCUGCUGCCGCUCAUCCAUCGGUCCUGUGUGGUUCCCUUCAGGACUGCUGGCUGUCCAGAACCCUCAGACCAUCUGGUGCUGUGCAGCUACAUUUGAGACGUUUGGCUGCCCAGAACCUCUUUAAUCAGCUGGUGGCUGGGUGAAAUCGGUCUCUGAGAGCAGUGUCUGCCGCUCUCCCUCACAUCCUCCUGGUUUGGCUGUUUGGUCAUGGCGAGCUCCUUGAUCAGUCGUCAGGUUGCUCUCUGCUUGCACAAGAACGUAUGGCUGAGCUCUGCAGGGUGCAGGUAUGUCAGUAAGGCAGCAGCAAAGACGCAGGUGGACUACGACUAUGACGGGCCCUUAAUGAAAACUACAGUCCCUGGGCCACGAUCACAAGAGCUGACAAAACAACUGGGAGACAUUCAGAACGUUGGUGCAGUCAACUUCUUUUGUAACUAUGAAGAUAGCAGAGGAAACUACUUGGUGGACGUGGACGGCAAUCGCAUGCUGGAUAUCUACACUCAGAUCUCCUCCAUUCCUAUUGGCUACAACCAUCCUGCUCUGCUCAAGAUGAUGACCAAUCCCAACAAUCUGAGCACAUUUGUGAACCGACCUGCGCUUGGAAUCCUGCCGCCUGAGAAUUUUCCAGACAAAAUCACUGAAAGUCUUCUCUCAGUCGCACCGAGUGGAAUGACUCGUGUUCAGACAAUGGCCUGUGGCUCAUGCUCCAAUGAGAACGCCUUCAAAUCAAUAUUCAUCUGGUACAAAAACAAGGAGCGGGGUCACAAUGUACCAUCUGAAGAAGACAUGAGUUCCUGCAUGAUAAACCAGGCUCCAGGCUGUCCAGACCUCAGCAUUUUGUCUUUCAUGGGAGGUUUUCAUGGAAGAACAAUGGGUUGUUUGGCAACGACACACUCCAAAGUGAUCCACAAGUUGGACGUGCCAUCUUUUGAUUGGCCAGUUGCUCCGUUUCCCAGACUGAAGUACCCUCUGGAGGAGUUCGCCAGAGAGAACGCUCAGGAAGAGGCUCGCUGUCUGGAGGAGGUGGAGGACUUGAUUGUGAAGUGGAGGCAAAAGGGGAAGCCUGUUGCAGGGAUCGUCAUUGAACCGAUUCAGGCUGAAGGUGGAGAUAACCACGCCUCCCCAGACUUCUUCAGAAACCUCCGAAACAUUGCACGCAAGCAUGGUUGUGCUUUUCUCGUGGAUGAAGUCCAGACUGGUGGUGGAGGCACAGGGAAGUUCUGGGCCCAUGAGCACUGGGGGAUGGAUGAUCCUGCUGAUGUUGUCUCCUUCAGUAAAAAGCUCCUGACUGGGGGUUACUACCAGAAGGAUGCGUUACAGGCUGAUAAGCCAUACCGUAUUUUCAACACCUGGAUGGGGGACCCCUCAAAGAACUUGUUCCUGGUUGAGGUUCUCAAUGUCAUCCGCAGAGAAAAUCUUCUGGAGGAAGUGACCCGUUCUGGCAAAGCUUUGCUGAAUGGCCUCUACGAGCUGCAGGCUCAGUAUCCCGGCCUGCUGAGCCGAGCUCGAGGACAGGGGACGUUCUGUGCCAUUGAUGUGCGGGACGCGGCGACUCGAGACAGGAUGCUGGUCCAGGCCAGAGACAAAGGUGUGCUCCUGGGAGGAUGUGGGGACGUGUCCAUCCGUUUCCGUCCUGCACUCAUCUUUAAGGAGUACCACGUCCACAUCUUCCUCAACAUCUUUAACGAUGUCCUGGCUCAGAACAAAUAAUUCCCAGUCCUCAAGGAACCUGACUGCAACUACGGAAGACAGAAUUUACCUUGAGAAGAAGGGGUAAUCAGGCUGCCAUGAUAAGCACAGAUAACAGGUUUCCUAUAAACUUUCUGUUUAAAUAUCCAGAGCCUGUUUGGCUCAUAACAUUUAUAACUGGAACUUUCCUUGGAUACUAAAGAUAAUGACAUCCUUUUACUCGUGGAGUCAUAAAGAUAGACCCAGUAAGCCCUCCAGAGAUUGAGGCA